AUGAAGUACGCUCAAUUGGUAAUGGGACCAGCCGGGAGUGGGAAGUCAACGUAUUGCUCCGUCAUUUUUAACCAUUGUCAGAGCAUCAGUCGUCAAGUACACGUGGUUAAUCUCGACCCUGCUGCUGAGUCAUUUAACUACCCAGCUGCGGCAGAUGUACGUGCUUUGAUUAGUGUUGAUGAUGUGAUGGAAGAUGAAGAACUGGCUCUCGGACCAAAUGGAGCUCUUGUAUUCUGUAUGGAAUAUUUGGUUCAAAAUCUGGAAUGGCUCCAUGAUGAACUUUGUGAAGGUGAAGAUGAUUAUUUCAUUUUCGAUUGUCCAGGUCAGAUUGAAUUGUACAGUCAUUUGCCGAUUAUGCGACAGCUCGUUGACGCCUUCAGGGCUUGGGACUUCAAUGUUUGUUCAGUGUUUCUUAUCGACACCCAUUUUGUUUUGGAGGCUGAAAAAUUUAUUGCUGGUGCAUUAACGGCUUUGUCAGCAAUGAUAGCUAUUGAGACUCCUUGCGUAAAUGUGCUCACCAAGAUGGAUCUACUCUCAGAAAGGAAUAAGGUCUUGGUUGAAGACUUUCUUGAGACGGACACCAGAAGUAUUGUAGAACACGACACCACACAUAUAUGGAAUGAACGACAUCGUCAGUUAACAAAAACUAUUGCGCAGGUCCUCGAAGAUUAUUCAAUCGUGAAAUUUGUCCCGCUUAAUUCUGACGACGAAGAAAGUAUAGAACAACUUCUACUUGUUAUCGACACUACUAUUCAAUACGGUGAAGAUCUCGAAGUGAAGGACAGAUUUCCGGAAGAGCAAGAUCCAGAAGGGUGA